ACCUGGCGGAGCACAGAAUAACCAUGCAAUUCACCAUAUUCGCAAGUGUCAUUGGAAUCACGAUGGGUAUGAGACCGCAUGGAUUUUCAGGGACCUUAGUGGACUUCACUGAUCCUAAGGUGCAAGGACAUCUCGAUGCAUUAGUGCGAAUGGCCCAGUCGUGUGUGAUCAAAGUAAGGGCCACCCCAAAAGACGUGAGAGCAUAUUUCACGAAUUCACCACCGAUUACGAGGUCUGGGCAGUGUUUUGCAGCGUGUAUGCUGGAGCAGAGUGAUGUCAUCAAUCAUGGCAAGGUAAACCGAGACCUUCUCAUCCACCUGGCCAGUCUGGUGAAUGGAAAAAACUCACGAGUUGUACGAAAGCUCCACAGCAUCUCCAGGUUAUGCCUGGACAGCAUUGAAGGAAUGUCAGAUAGGUGCCAACUAGCCUCCACAUAUAACGAUUGUUUGAAUGAGAAUAUGAUUGAGUUUGCCUUUCCCUUGGACCUCGCUGAGGAAGCUGUUCGUAAGAUGCCGUUUCAUCUCAUACAACCGAAUUUACCACAAGAAUUGAGGCAGUCGUCAUAUUAAAUAUUAGAUAAGUUUAGUAUACAUUAAUUGUUCAUAUAUCAUUUUUAUUAUUUUUAAAUACACGACAUUUUAUUUAAAAUCUCUUUUAUAUGUACUCUUC